AUCUGUCUAAAACUAUCCCAGGUCUAUAUCGUUUACUCGAUUUGUGUAAAGAUGAUGGAUCAAAUGGACGUAUUGAUAAGAUAAUCAUUUCCACAGAGUCGUUGAAAAGACUUUGCAACGAUUUAGAGCCGAAUAGCUUCAAGUCGAUUUCUAAUAUCGAUUACACAAAAUUGAAUCAUACUAAGCUAAAGCUCAUCGGUUGUUAUGGCAAUCAUGUAUUAAUUGCGAAACUUUUAUUGAAAAAUAAAAUUAUUGACGAACCAACUUAUAACUACCUUGCUUGUUCGGAUUCUUCCGGAGCUGAUCAGGACAAUGAUAAGCCUACUCUUCGUCCUGGAAUUUAUCUCCUUAGAGUAAAUGUUGACUUGGGUCUAGUAAUUCAUUGGCCCGAACCUGGCUGUUAUGAAGAAAAUGCGCCUUCCCAUAAAAAGAAAAAUAUGGUAAACUUGCAAAGAUAUCUUACAAAACUCACAGGUCAUCAAAUUUGCUUAAUAAGUGAAAGUGAUUUAGAAAGCUUUGAUUGGAAUGUUAAAGAGGAAGAAGAAGAUUCGGAUGAAGAAACUGAAGGAACUGGCGUUGAAUUUGAAGUCUUAAAAAGCCAGGAAGAGAAGGAAGAUUUUAUACAUUAUCCUGGGUUUAAGAUUAACCUGCCCUCUGAAAUCAAACGCGAAAUGAAUGUUGAUAAUGCUGAUUGCCCCUUACCAUUUAUUAUUGAGUCAACUUUUCACCAAGCGCUUGGUACAGUGAAAAAAGUGCGGGCAAAAUCAAAAACUAAUAGAAAUUAUAAAACGAUUUAUUCUGAAUCUGAAUUUCAUGGAAUUAUUGAAGGGCACACACUUCUCAUAGACCGUAAAAUGCCUAUGGAUAACUUAGAAAGGUUAAUUAAACUUGGAUUUGCUGAAUUAGAAGAAGAGCUCUUGAGUCCAUUGAACGAUGCAUUGACAGCUGAAAGAUCAGCUCUAGAGGAAAGAAAAACGAAUGAAAGAAAUAUUAUUAGUGAGGAUGGAAAAAUUAUCGAAAAUAUGUUUUGGAAUAGUUUAAAAGUAGAAUAUAG